AUGUCUCAACAGCAAACUAAAAAUUCGAUUACUCUUCGCGGUUCCGCUCAAAUUGUAUGCGAAUAUUUGAGCUUUGCUAUCAACUCCGUACUGUUUCAAAGAGGCCUGUAUCCUCCGGAGACUUUUAAAGCUCAGCAGCAAUAUGGUAUAACGUUGCUGAUUUCGGAAGAUCCCUUAAUUAAAAAUUUUCUUACCAAUUUGCUAUCUCAGAGCGAAGAAUGGAUCAUUAACAAAAAAGUGAGCAAACUAUCGCUUAUAAUAGUGAAUGUAGCCAAUAAAGAAGUUCUCGAGUGUUGGGACUUCAAUGUCCAGUAUGAAGAUGGUGACACUACAUUAUCCAAAGAAAAAGGCGAACAAGUUGGCAGUAAAGAUUUAAAGAAGAUCCAGCAAGAAAUUCGGGAUGUAAUGCUACAAGUGGCUGCCACAAUCUCCUAUCUACCAUUCCUCGACUGCCGAUGCUCCUUUGAUGUACUUAUCCAUGCAAAAACUGACUGUGACAUACCAGAAAAGUGGACAGAGGCUGAGCCUAUAGCUAUUAGUAAUGCACAGAAUGUACAACUCAAGACGUUUUCCACUAGUCUUCACAAGAUGGAAACUGUUGUUAGUUAUAAGUUAGUAGAUUAGUGGUAGGUAUAAUUAGUGACCAUAAUACAAUAUUUGUAAUAUAUCAGGUAGUUUUAGCGAUUGGCACACAUUGGAAUUGAAACUAUUUUUUCCGGAUCUUAGUUGCGACCGUGGGAUCUGUAAUGAAUAAUGGUUGGAAAAAGGUAUAUCUAUACAUAUGGAACAUCUUUUGCCGACCAUUGAUAAUGAACCCCAUAUUGGUUUGUUUGAAAAAACAUUUAUGGCUUAGAUUUGAAAAAAAAAAAGAUUAUUUCCUAUGUAUCACAUAUAUUUGUAUAGGUUUGCUAGAGUGUAAGGUUUGUGUUAUAUGUUUCACAAAAUGUUUCAAUUUUUUGGCAUGAUCAAUUGUCAUUGACAAUAUGUGUAAGAAGUUGGUAUGGUAUGGUGUAACAGGCUGGUGUUCGCAAUUCUACGUCCAGGCGCCUACUUUGCGGGUAGUGGCUGUAGGGUCCUACUCGUGCUAUCCAAGCUCCUCUAGAAAUAUCAGCAUCCUCCUGAAUUUGUUGAGGACCUCGGGGAGUGACCUGGGUAUUUCAAGGUACUUCGCCCUGUAGUGGGCCAAGCUGUAGUCUUGCAGUAGGCUCUCCAUAGAGGGCUGUCUGUGAUACCUAGAUGGAAAAGGUGUUAAUUAUGUGGACUAUACACGUUAGAGCAGGAUUUCUUAACUUGUGGUCCAUGGACCCCUAAGGGGUCCAUGUUAUGAAUGCUGGGCGUCAGUCCAAAAAAUCCUACCUAACAUAAAGCAAGCCUACCUAACACAAUGCAUUAAUUUCAAAAUUGGUAUACAAUAUGUUGCGAGUAAAUAGGUACUUAUUUACUCACACCAUAUUGUAUACCAACGUGAUGAGAUGUGUACAUAACCUUUUUGAAUUUUCGCACCCUUUGAUGGCCAUUUAUUAUUAGAGCGAGGGAGAUGCAUAUCAGAUCUUACUAAUUUAGUAGGUUUUCUAUAGUAUUUAAAGAGAAAUAUCUUCAUAUAAAAAUGAUGUGCAAAGUUAGAUAUUAUAACUGCCACAGUCGCCGAACGGUUACCAUGCUGAACUGCCACGCAGAGGUCCCAGGUUCG